UAUAACAAAUAAUUUGAGCGGCCCAUGGUCCAGGGUUGUGAUUUGAACAUAAUGGACGUUAAGUCCAACGUCACCAAAAGCAUCAAGGUAACGGUUCCCACGGAAGAACAGAAGCGAUUAGCACAGUUAUCCUCAUUCGAACGAAUAGAAACGAUGCAAGAUAAUAUUAUUAAAAAAAUGGUAGAAGUCACGAAGCACACGUAUGAAGAGUGUGCUAUGGAAUUGGCGGGAACGGACAUGGACAUGGAAUCAGCUAUAACUAAUUUAAUAGAUGGGAAUUCAGAAGAAUGGGUUACAAAACAAAAGAAAGUUCGUCCUGAAAAGAAAGCAGUUCAACAGGAAAUUGUAGAUGCCAAGUCUAAACGAUCAACAUCAAAAACCGACAGGGGACGUAGCACGAAAUCAGAAGAUACCCGGGACACAGACCGGAGCAGAAGUACGCGCUCAGCACGUGGAACCAGCUCGGUGUCGCGCGGCGGCAGCGUCAGCACGUCUCGUGGUAACAGCGUCAGUACUCGUGGUGGUACCAGCAGUCGGGGUCGUGGUGGCAAACGUCAACUUCCUCCUAGGAUGGACAGACAAAGGAAUUCGAACGAGGAUAUCAGACAGCGAUCCCAAGACGGGGAACCUCGUCGUCCAGAUAGCAUUCGUAGCGGUGGCCGUGGUGGUCGUAGCAACGGCUCAUAUCGUCAUAACAACAGAGGUGCAAAGCGCCCCACAGGAAACGACUACGACUAUCAUGAUUGGCGGAAUAAUAAUGGAACAGAAUCAGAAGGAACGGGUCACCCUCCUUCGGAAUGGAAAAAGGAAUCAGACUGGAAUACUGAGUCAGAUACUACCGCCCGCUGGCCAGCCGACCAAUCUUCAGGAUGGGGAGCCCCAGAUGAUAACUGGACCUCUUCAGAGAAGACAGACUCUACCGCAAUACAGCCUCCCUCGGUCAGUCCUCCUGAAGUAUCUUGGCCAACUUCAUCAUCCGAAAAGGAGCAGCUGGCACCCACGACUUCAGAAACACUGGAACCGGCCCCCUCAGAACCGGCAGCGUGGCCCACCAGCGCAGAGGAGACCUCCAACGGUCAGUUCGAUAACUUGACUCACAAGCGACCUGCGUAUACACAAGCAUUCAGCAGCCCUCUCAGCUCCAUGCUGGGUACCUCUGACUUCGCACCGUCUACUUCCUCCUCUUUCUCCUUCCCCUUCUCUCAGCCACCCUCCAGCGUAAGCGGAGACUACGACACCCGGCACGAACAAGCCCCGGGUACAAGUAAUCUGCUGAAGAUCCAGGAAGCUCUGAGCAGUAAAAGUGGAGGUAGUGGUAAUCUGGCAGCAAACGGCAGGAAAAUAUCCGUCGAGCAGCUAUUUCAGAUGCACGAGAAGAACAACGGACGAUCAGUACCCCCGAUUGAGGAAGCAGCACCCUCCUCUCCGCCUACUUCCUCCACUUCGUCCACCAACAGUGGUCGUAAGUCCAAACGGGCACAGCGAACCAUUCCAUCCGAGCCUGUCGAGAUGCCGGGGAGUGCUAUUGAAUCGUUGGACGUCCAGUUUGGUUCUAUCGGCUUCUUGGAUAACACUGAGGACGACCUGAUAACAUCUCCUGACAAAACGCCCGCCUCUAAAACGGACGCAGCCACAUCCACGACGCCGCACAGUUCUGUGGAGACGGAACCCUCUAUCCCCGGAAUACACCAGGUGGUAAAGGAACCGGAAACGAGUAAACCCAGGCAACUCCUGGGCCAGUCCACUCCGACUAGUGUACACCAGCAGAGCCCAUCUCAGUCGGUGGCUAGCUACCCGUCCAAAACGACGGUAUCAGCGUCCCAAACCUCGAUGCAUCAACCUACCUCGAUGCAUCAACCUACUUCGUUGCACCAAUCAGCGUCGUUGCACCAGCCGGCAACGUUGUCCUCUUCCCUGCACCUGGCUCAGAGCGGCAGUUCGUUAGUACAGCAGAGUGCAGGACUAACUCAGCCCGCUCCCCCACCCAACCUCCCUCCACCCAACAUUGACAACAUCAGAAACGCUAACAACCUGAUAACGAACCACUCGUUACCGGAAGAAGAGGCAGCAGUAGCGAGCGUGCAAAGCUCCUUUGGAAUGUCUCAGAAGAAGAGCCUGCCACCAGGCGUGUACCCCACAAGUAAUCUGCGAAGUAGCGGUAGUAGUAUGUACUAUGGGGAUAGUGCUGCUAGCAGUGUUCACCAUCAGGCUCAGCAGCAUCAGGCUCAGCAGCAGACACAGUCGAGUGGUAUGAGUUACGAUAUGUCGAGAUAUUACAGCAGUAGCAACAGCAGCUCCUUCGACGUGCACCAUCCUCAGAGACAGGCUCAGCAGCAGCAACAGGCUCAGCAACAACAGGCUCAGCAACAGCAGCAGCAACAGGCUCAGCAACAAGCUCAGCAACAAGCUCAGCAGCAGCAACAGGCUCAGCAGCAGCAACAGGCUCAGCAACAAGCUCAGCAACAGGCUCAGCAGCAGCAACAAGCUCAGCAACAGCACCCAGCUGAGAGCAGUGGGUUCAGCUCUGGAGUGAGUCAGGAGAAACACUACAGCAGUCACAGGAAUAGCGAGUUACAACUAUCCUCCAACUCACAUCAGCCUCCUCAUGUAGGAGCAGGGAUAACAUCAGGAAUAUCCUCCACCACUGCAGCCCCCACCGGACUAAGCGGUGGUUACCCCGGACCCCUGCUGGGGUACCACUACCCCCACCCCAUACACCCUUAUCCUAACAACCUCUACACUGCUAACUACUACGCGCACCCCUUCAGUCCCGCUGCGCUCAACUACGCGCAGACCCAGAAACAGUCUCACAGCGUGCCGAGUUACCCCGCAACGAACACAUUUGGUUCGUCCGAGACAGCCAGUUCUCAAUUCGGACAGUAUGAGUCAGACUACAAGGAACUGUACGGAGGGACUGCAGCUGCCAAACAUCCCGGUAUAUCCCAUCUGCCGGCUGCUACCACUGCUAACGACUACACCAAGAUGAUGGGAGAUAAGAACGUGUUUAACAUGGGUUACAUGCAGUUUCCUAACUAUAUCCAGCACAUGCAACAGAGUCAAGGUCAAGCUGCAAUGAUGCCACAAAGCAGCAUACAACGAGGGAUGGAUCAGGCCAGGAACCCGGGUGCCUCAAUCACCACCCCCAAACACUACUGGUCUCACCGAUAGUCUGGAGGGAACGGUUCUUGUGACGUCACAGCCGCCCACGUGGGCUGCAGGUGUGACGCGCGGGACCGUCAAAUGGACGCUAACACGAACUUUUUAUUGUUAAUUUGAGAGACUUUUUUAAUUUAUCGGCCCUCGAGUUUAGGUGCUCUGUUUCCGGACCUGUUGACUUGUGGGUCGGUUUAAAAUUGACCUUUUCUAAUAUUAUUUUUCUACGGCUCUCUGAACAGUGUUAGUUGUGUGAAAAGAAUUUUCCUGAGUCACGUGGUGUGGUGAUGACGUGACGUAGUUUUCUCGUGAUGACGUCACGCGUGGUGGCCACCGCGUGACCUCGAGUUUAACAAGAGCUGCUUUACUUUUUAUAUUGACGACAAAAGACGUUAUAACUCUCCUUGUCCGCCAACACGUGCCACUCCUUAUAUGGUAGUCACGUGACAUGUUGUUGAUAUAAUAUAUUGCCACGAUUUUCUGUCAAUGUAGAUGGAUCAUAUCACUUGUUUUUGAAUAAUAA